AUGUUUUUGUUGGUUAGCUUUGACCGCAUAAUAGGCGAUGAUUGUCCACGCGUGAUGACCUUAGACCGCACGCACGCAUACGAGCGUACGCAAGGCACAAGGCCCGAGGGUCAACCGGUCGCGAGACGUUAUCCCAAUGUGGCCAACCAAGCCAACAGAGAACGCGCAAUCUCUUAUAAGCUACUGUCACCCCUGACAGAGAGAGUUGCAACAGCGGACGCGUGGCGACGCCAGUCCGCUCCAAAUGCCGGGCUUGCCCCGAGGCGGGACAAAGAGAGCGCUGGGGAUCAACCCAGCGACAACAGCCACCCGAGACAGCUCCUCCGAGUUUUGUACACAAUAAACCCUUUUCCGGAUGGAUUCCAGAAUUAUGCCCUUCUUAUUGUGUUCUUUCUUGGAGAUGUCAACAGGGCUUAA